AUGGCAUCUUCUACGCAGGUGAAUCUGUCGACUUAUUCCAACGAUAUCAGCUCUGCUUAUGCGAGUGUUUUGAGCGAGCAGGAUUCUUGCAAUUGGGCAAUAUUUUCUUAUGACAAGGGCGGAAAUGACCUCAAACUGUUUGGUUCUGGAGAUGGCGGUCUUGAGGAAUUGAGUGAUGAAUUCGAAGAGGGAAAGAUUCAAUAUGCAUUUGCAAAGGUUUUUGAACCUGUAUCUGGACUGCCCAAAUACGUUUUUAUUGCAUGGUGCGGUGAUGGUGUUCCAGUAGCAAAAAAAGGUUUAUUUCAUUACCAUGUCAAUGACAUUGCCAAGUAUUUCAAAGGAUUCCACGUUCAAAUUAAUGCUCGAGGAAAUGAUGAUAUCGAUCCAGAUUUGAUCAUGAAGAAAGUUCGUGAUAGCGCUGGUGCAAAAUAUUCUAUCCACCAGCACGCUCAAAACCAAACCACCACUUCCAAUCCAUCCACUUCAGUUGCUGUGCCCACCGCAUCUACUGCCGUGUAUACUCCGUCAUUUAACCGGGCUCCCCAUUCAUCUGUUGCGUCUGAAGCCAACAGUAGUAAACUAGACAGUCAGAGUACUCAUGCCAUCACUGCUGGCUUGAAAUCUACUUCAAUCAAUCCUAUUUCUUCUGCUGCCAAACCGUCUCGUCCCACUUAUGGUGGAUAUGGGGGAUAUGCGUCUGUACAAACCCCACCUUCAAAACAGUCAUCUUAUCAACCUCCUGUAUCUGCCACUUCAAAUGAGAUUUCUGGUGUUCAAGCUGAACGUGAGCGUCGUGAAAAGGAUGAGCGCGAGCAGCGUGAGCGUGCUGAACAGGAAUAUCGUGAUCGAAUGGCUCGUGAACAGGAACAAUCUGCUCAACUUCAAAAAACAAACAACGAGCUCAACCAACAGAAAAUUGAAAGAGAAAAAAUAGAAUUGCAGCAACAACAUCAAAAGGAUCUUCAAGAACGUCAAAGGAUUGCGUCUGAAAAACGUCAACACAUGGAACAACAACAAGCCGAGGCUGAUGCUCGGUUAGAAAAAGAACGUCAAGCAAAAGAACAGUUUCAGCGCAAUGAAACAACUCAGGUACAGCACAAUCCUCCACACGUUGCAGCAGUCCAAACUUUGAAUGCAAAGGCUUUGUACGAUUAUUCUCCCGAGGAAUCCAACGAAAUACCAUUUUUAGAAGAAGAGCUCAUUACACAUGUUAUUCAGGUGGAUGAGGGUUGGUGGGAAGGAACCAAUGCACAAGGUCAAAGGGGUUUAUUCCCUUCCAACUAUGUAGAACUGAUUGAUUCUAACGUUGCCAAUACACACGUUGAGCCCUCUGCUUUAUUCAUUGAACCAGUGCCUGCUCAAAGUAUUCCUCAUGAUGAACCUAUUGUACCUACACAGCAAGACAUUCAUCAUGAAAACAACACUCCUUAUCGCGAAGCAACCGCUGUUUACGACUACGUGGCUGCAGAACCCAACGAACUCUCAUUUAACGAAGGCAAUCUGAUUACUCAUAUUGUUUUUGUAUCAGAGGAUUGGUGGCAAGGAACACUAAAUGGAGUCGUUGGACUUUUCCCAGGAAACUAUGUCGAGCUUAAACAGUAA